AUGAUAGGCAUCGUAAAGGACGUAUAUACCGAAAUUCUUGGACGUCUUCUGCAAGAAAACAGGACAACGUCCAACACACUUGCUGACCAGAUUUCGACCAUGGACCAGCAAAUCCUCUACUACAUCUCAGGAUUCAUCGUGGCCAAUCUAAAGAAAAAGUGCCGGCGAAUGACUUCAGCAUAUCGAGAGGGGAGACUUCAGCUAUUGGAAAAACUGUCCUGUAAAGCAGAGAAUUCGAGUUUUGUGACCAAGUUUGAUGCAUGGUUGAGGAAAAACAGUCGCGGGGGCCUAUUGAGACCAACUGACAGUUUCUAUUUGCUUGUGCGGGAGCUGGAAAUCGUCAUCAGGAAAAUUCCGGACUAUAGCCAAAGCACCAUCAGUUGCAAAGUUAAGGAGUCCAUGAUGGAGUCUUUCAUGGUGAACCAUUAUUUGAAGCAGCUAUUCGGUGAAAAUUCAGAGAGAGACCUGUCACCACUUUUAGAGGACUUUAUAUGUGUAUUUCUGACUGUUCGAGGAUUUGCCACUGCACGAGUUCUCCGCAACAAACUUAGUGGAAGGACCAGCAAACAGAGUGACAGUUUACGCCAGGCACUGAAGUCAAAGAACAACAACUGAAUCCCAUUUACAGUGCUUGCUGACUGUGUUGUUGAAAUGUGUCACACUAGUUUUAAAUAAUUUAUAUAUCAAAUGUUACUGUUUAAUAUUUCUCUUAUGGUGCUGCAUUUCAUGUUUUCAUAUUUGAACUGCUCAAGAUAUGUGAUACUUAAACCACUUGAUAAUCAUUUUCUAUGGAUUGAGAAUAAUUAAGUUGUUUUUCAUGCUUAUAACAAUUCUUGUCAUUUGAUUAAU